AUGAAGAACUACAUUAAAGAUUUUCUGGCCAAGGAUACACCUGUCACGCACAAUGUCCAUCCUUACACGUCUACAUCGUCAAGAGGAGCAGUAACCGACAAUACAGAGCUACACAACCUCGCCCGUCGUGGCGAGGACGACGGCAAGGUAAAAAAUUCCAUUGUGGUAACGGAAGACCACUCGUCAGACAAUAUCGACUUCGAAGUUGGGAAAACCAGGCUUGCAGACGUCAAGAGUGGUAAUCUAGACCCGCUUUCACAGCAGCUCUCCCAGCAGGCCCUCGAGGACGAGUACGCCGGUAUCACAGUCGAGGAUGACUCGCCUUACCCAGAGGUUCGCGCCGCCGUUCCAUCGACCGACGACACAUCCCUUUGCCAAAACACUUUGCGUAUGUGGGUUUUGGGCAUGAUCAUGACCACCAUUGGGUGUGGUUUAAACAUGUUGUUCUCAAUGCACGCUCCAUCAGUUGUCUUAACCAGUUACGUAACAGCCAUUUUAGCGUGGCCCUUGGGUCGUGCGUGGGACAAAGUUAUGCCCAACAAACGUCUUUUCGGCAAAUGGGGGCCCCAACUCAACCCUGGCCCUUUCAACGUCAAAGAACACGCUAUUAUCACCGCCAUGGGUAACGUUUCAUUUGGUGGUGGUAAUGCCUAUGCUACCGAUAUUAUUCUCUCUAUGAACAACUUUUACGGGAAAGACUUUGGAUGGGGGUUCAACCUCGUCGCUAUAUGGUCGACACAGUGCAUUGGAUUUGCGUUUGCUGGCUUGUCAAGGAAGAUCCUGGUCGAAUCGGCAUCUAUGAUCUGGCCUGCCAAUUUGGUGGCUUGUACUUUCCUUACCAACAUGCACGUCAAUGAAAACCAUGUUGCCAAUGGAUGGAAGAUCUCAAGAUUAAAAUUCUUCUUGAUCGUUUUUAUUGCUGGGUUUGUCUACUACUGGUUCCCAGGGUUCAUUUUUCAGGCGCUUUCCUACUUCGCUUGGGUCACUUGGAUCAAGCCCAAGAAUGUUUUACUCAAUCAAGUUUUUGGUGCCAGUAGUGGCCUUGGGCUAUUCCCUCUUACAUUCGACUGGAAUCAAAUUGCAGGUUACAUUGGAUCACCUUUGAUUCCACCCGUUGGGGCCCUUGUCACCAUCCUCUUGUCAAUGGUUACGAUCUUUUGGGUUGUCGUGCCAGCGGUACACUACUCCAAUGUGUGGUAUGGCAAGUAUUUACCGAUCUCCGAUUCGAGUUCGUAUGAUAGGUUUCAAGAGCCAUACCAGGUUAAAAAGAUUGUCACCGAAAACUUGUCUUUCGACAAAGUGGCCUACGAGAAUUACUCCCCUCUUUUCUUGUCUGCAACUUUUGCCAUUUCGUAUGGGCUGUCCUUUGCCGCGACGACAUCGACCGUUGUGCACACAGCUAUUUUCCAUGGAAAAGACAUCUGGGCGGCUGUUAGAGGCCGCAAGGGAGAAGAAGAAGACGUUCAUAACAGACUGAUGAGAAACUACGAGGAUGUUCCUAGCUGGUGGUACGGCGUUGUAUUUUUAGUCUUCUUCGCUCUGGCUAUUGCCACAAUCAGAGCUUGGCCAACUGAGAUGCCUGUGUACACUCUGAUCAUUGCACUUUCAAUUGCAGCUUUCUUUAUGCUACCCGUUGGUAUUGUCUUAGCAUUGACAAACAUUACGGUAGGCCUAAACGUCAUUACCGAGUUCAUCAUUGGUUAUAUGACCCCAGGUAAACCGCUUGCAAUGAUGUUUUUCAAGACCUUUGGCUUUAUCACCAAUUACCAGGCGGUCUUUUACGUUCAGGACAUGAAGUUGGGACAUUACAUGAAGGUUGCACCUAAAACGCUUUUCUGGGGACAAUUUAUUGCAACUUUGUGGGGUGCUCUAGUUCAAGUCUGUGUCUUGAAAUGGGCUCUCGGAAAUAUCGAGGAUGUUUGCACCCCCCACCAAGCUUCUCAUUUCACUUGUCCUGGAUCCAGAGUGUUUUUCAACGCCUCUGUCAUCUGGGGUGUCAUUGGCCCUCAGAGAAUCUUUUCUGCUGGUCAGAUUUACAAUAAAGUGAUGUACUUUUUCAUCCUGGGUGCGGGUCUGCCCGUGAUGAACUGGGCAAUUUUGAAAAAAUGGCCAACGUCGCUGAUCAGGCACCUCAAUUGGCCAGUAUUCUUCUCCGGCACUAAUCUAAUUCCUCCAGCAACCCCUUACAACUACGGUGCCUAUUGCAUGGUUGGUAUUGGGUUCGGGUACUUUAUCAAGAAGCGGUUUUUCCACUGGUGGACUAAAUACAACUACUCGCUUUCCGCCGGACUGGACAUUUCUCUGGCUUGGUCGUCCCUAUUCAUUUUCGUGACGCUGGGGCUAACCAACGCCAACGCACCCAAUUGGUGGGGCAACAACGUCAUCAAUACCGUGGAAUACAAUGGUGAGGCUAUUCAGCAUAUCCUAUCUCCAGGCGAAAGUUUUGGCCCAGCAAAAUGGUGA